GGGCGUAAUAUUGAAUGUUUGGCCCGUAAUACUCUUUGGUGAAUACUCUCAAGAAAUAUCCCCUAUGCAUGACUAAGCUCGAAUUUAACCUUCAUAAAAAAGAACUUUUAGUUUUCAAUUUAAUUUCAAAUUAGAAAUGAUAGUUUGAAAAAGAUAAUAUUCUCAUCAAAUUAUCAUUGUGGGAAAAGGCAGAUAGAUAAUUGCAGGUAAUUGACAAAAUCGUAAAAAAGUCUAAGUGAAUAUUAAAUUGGAAAAAAACAAUGUAAGUGACAAUUAUUUUUGACCUCUUUUUCCGUAGAUGUCAAAAAAUAUUCUUUUUGUUGAAAAAAAUGCAAAUUUUUAAACAGUCAUCGUUGAGUCGCCCACCAGAAUGGAAACCGUCCGCUGGGGCACCCUUCCGGAGGAACUCCGCGCCAUGCCGUUCACGCUGCGGAUCAUGGAGUUUGUUGGGUUGUGGGGCAGUUGGGCAAAUUUUUACCGGUUUGCGCUGCUGUACUCGCUCGGCAUAAUGGACAUUGUGUUUCCGAAGAUCUUUUUGGGCAUCGGAAGCGACGAUGUGACGGCCAUUUGCAAGGGAGUGGCCGAAUUGAUGUUUGAACUGUCGAUCUACUGCACGUUGGCCAUUCUUGCGGCGAAGAGGAAGACUUUUGAGCAGGUGAUUCGUGGGUUGGAUGAAAUCUUUCGUGAAGCCACGUUUGGGGAAGAAUCCAACGCUUGCUACGACAUGAUUUUCAAGCUUAAUCAAACAAUGCGAAAGGUGUUCAGAUUUCUGGUUGUUUACUGCAUUUAUGCCCCAUUUGCUUUCGCAUUACCGUCGUUUUUGAUCAGCCAUUGGCGUUUUUGGAGUGGAUCUGAACCGCUAAUCUGUGAGCUACCAAUGGAGCAAAAGUUUUACGGGCUCCAGAUUCGGACCAACUUCACUCAUUACCACAUUUUUGUGGGGAUUUCAGUUGCAGCCUACUGCGUUUGCGCUUUCUUGGAACUCAUUAAGGUGACUUCGACCUGCUUUAUGAUCAAGUACAGUUCGUUGACAUACCGACUGGUGGCGGAGAAAAUUCGGAAAUUGCCGCAAAAAGAUGGUUCAAAGACAAAAGUAACAGUUGAUGAUUUGAAGAGGGUGGUUGAGCUUCACCGGAAGGCCUACAAAAUUACAGAUUUGAUUGAGGAAAUGUGUCAAGUACCCGUUGCUUUGGAGUUUCUCUUUUGCAUCAUGGUUUGGUGUCUGAACAUGAUCUACAUUUCACAGAAAAUCGACCUAAAUCUGAUCAACGUGAUGAUCAUAUUCUUUCUGUCGCUGGUGCACGUGUUUUGCUAUUCCUACCUGGGAUCGGAGUUGAUCGAGGAGGCAGCGGCCGUCGGCACGGCCAUCUACGAUCUGCCGUGGUACGAGCAUUCCGCUGAGCUGCAGCGCUACUACCGGCUAAUGCUUCAACGCACGCAGCGGCCUACUGGGAUCACGGGGGUGAAGUUUUUCGUCGUCGAGCGGACCACGUUUUUCAGCGUGGUGCAAAUGGCUUACUCAUAUUAUCUGGUCCUGAAGGACGUUUUGAACAAGUUGUAAAACCAAAAGAAUAAUGAUAAAUAUGAUAGUGUUAUUGCUAAAAAUGUAGCUGUUCUCAUAAAGAAAUAAAUAAAUCUGACGAAAGUACUUCAAUUCGUAUUAUAUAAUAAUAUCAGUUG